CGGAAAUCACCAAUUGUACGUUACUUUUGGGUCAAGGAUGGUUGCAGCGGGUGGACGUGCAGUUCAAAUUAUAAAUGUUGAAGAAUGUAUGAAGAGAACAUCAUUCAGUCUAGAUGAAGAGUCUUUGUCUUCAAUUCUUUUAAGACCGGAUGUGCGUGACAAAAAAGUUGUUGUGGUGUCUGUCGCUGGUGCGUUUCGUCAAGGAAAAUCGUUUUUACUGGAUUUUUUCUUACGUUAUUUGUUAUCCAAUGACCGUACUAAAUGGCUAGGAGACCCGGAAAUACCUUUAAAGGGCUUUCCCUGGCGAGGUGGUUCAGAGAGAGACACUGUUGGAAUAUUGUUAUGGAGCGAGCCAUUCUUUAUGACUCUACCAUCUGGAGAGGAAGUAGUCGUUCUGUUAAUGGAUACACAGGGUUCCUUUGAUAGCACUAGUACUGUGCGUCAGUGUGCUACAGUUUUCGCCUUGAGUACAAUGAUCAGUAGUACUCAAGUUUAUAACAUUCAUGGUAAUAUUCAAGAAGAUCACCUGCAGCAUUUGCAUUUAUUCACCGAAUAUGGUCGACUUGCUUUGGAAUCUGAUAUUUCUGGAACACCUUUCCAGCAUCUUUUAUUCCUUGUUCGCGAUUGGAGUUUCCCGUACGAGUAUGACUUCGGGAACAGUGGUGGUACUCAACUGCUUGAUAAUCGCCUCAAGAUUGUUCAACAGCAUCACACAGAGCACCAAGCUGUCCGCCGUCAUAUUCGCUCUUGUUUUUCCAAGUUGGAUUGUUUCCUAAUGCCUCAUCCCGGUCUUAAAGUUUCAACAAAUCCAAACUUUGAUGGACGAGUAAAGGAUAUUGAUCCUAGUUUCGUUGAAAACCUUAUAGCAUUAGUUCCUCAUUUGUUAGCUCCAGUUAAUCUGGUUGUUAAAAGGAUAAAUGGUCAGGAAGUUACGUGUCGUGAACUUUUUACUUAUUUCAAAGCAUAUAUAAAAAUUUAUGAAAGUGAUACUCUCCCAGAACCACGUUCUAUGUUGGAAGCAACUGCCGAGGCAAACAACCUUAAUGCAAUAUUAACAUGUCAAGAGAUGUAUUCAGAGGCUAUGAACAAGAUUUGUGGACCCGAUCGGCCGUACAUCAAUCCAACUGAUUUAGAUUUAGCUCAUUUAAAAAUAUAUAAGGCUGCUAUUGAAAAAUUUAACACAAUUCCUAAAAUGGGUGGUGAGGCAUUUUCUGCAGGUUAUUUGGAACGCUUAAAAGAAACAUUAAAACAACUGGGAGAAGAUUAUCGGAUGUCAAAUUCUAAAAAGGAUAUAUUCCAGACAUUUCGUACUCCUGCUGUUUUGGCUGUUGUUCUACUAAUUUUCCAUAUUGUUACAGGAAUAUCAGAAUUUAUUGGUUUAUCAAUGGUUUCGGGUAUAUUGGCCCUACCAUUUUAUAUUGCUUUAAUCUCAUUGUUCACGUGGUUGUUUUUAAGUUACACUGGUCGAGCUCCAGAAUUAGCUAGUGCCAUCGAUCAGUCAGCUGAGUUGGUAAUAAAGAAGGUAUUCAACCCUGCGAUAAAAAUAGUCGGUAAUCGUGGAAUGGCUCAACUAGUUGGUGUUAAUUUUGUUUCUGAUCAAACAACAAGAACUUGA